AUGUUUGCCAUUACAUCGGGCUUGAUCAAGGCGUCUAUACUUCUCUUUUACCGGCGUUUGUCGCCCCGAUCGGUCUCGCCAACUUUUCGAUGGAUUCUGAUAAUCUCUAUCGCAUUCAUCGGACUUGCCACAUUGGGCUUUGUCUUCAUAACUGUGUUCACGUGCGAUCCUAUUUCUGCAUUCUGGGACCAAACAGAUUUGAUACUCAAUUCAUCUGGCAAAUACAAGUACAAAUGCCUGGACGAAGGAGCUGCGAUCGUUGCAAAUGGAGCAAUAAGUGCCCUGCAGGACAUGAUCGCCGCAACUCUGCCCGCACUUUUAUGCUGGAGACUGCCACUUAGCCCUAAGCAGAGGAAGGCGUUGUACAUCAUCUUUACCUUCAGUUACUCGGCCGUCGCAUUCGGAUGCAUGAGGACGUACUGUUCUUUUCGAGUCUUCUUCGAAACGUAUGACAUAACAUGGGUCGCGGGCGACAUCUGGUUAUGGUCACUCCUCGAACUUAGCAUCGGCUGCAUAUGUGCAAAUGCACCGGCUGUCAAGAUAUUCUACAGACACUACUUCGUCUUCUCGGACCCGAACAAAUUGGUUGAAACAUCGUCGAACUCAUGGGAUAAGAUCUCGGGUUCGAAGAGAGUUACGCUGCAGAGGAAGCGAGCCGACACAUCUGAGUCGUACAGUUCUCAGAUGGGUAUCAACGCCAAAUUGGAAGAGGACGGAGGCGAUAUUGAGAUGGACCACAUCCAAGCAACCACGCAAUUUUCUUUUGUCAUUACUCCAGCUGAGGAGCAGAAAGACCAUGCAGGCAUGUAAGGCGCUUUAGUGCAUACAUCGGGAGGAAAAUAUUACAAAACAAUAAUCAUCAAAAACGA